CGAAAACGUUACAUUGAAAACAAGAUCAUAUUUUCUUUUAUGAUUGUAUUUAAGCCGUGAAGGAUGGCUCCGAGGUACGAAUUAGCAGUCGGUCUCAAUAGAGGCCACAAAACGACCAAAAUCCGUGUGGCAAAAAAUAAAAAUGAAAAGAAAAAGACGGUGUGCGUUUUGCCAGCAAGGUUGAAAGGAAGACAAACUAAACAUAGUAAGUUUGUUAGAGAUUUAAUCCGUGAGGUAACAGGACAUGCACCAUAUGAGAAGCGUGCUAUGGAAUUGUUGAAAGUUUCCAAGGACAAACGUGCUUUGAAAUUCUUGAAGAGGAGGUUGGGUACACACAUCAGAGCUAAGAGGAAACGUGAAGAACUUGGAAACAUCCUUGUCCAAAUGAGGAAAGCAGCUGCACAUCAUUAA